GAAAAUAAUAUUUUGUUCUUCCUAUAAUCCUUGGUUCUAACAAUCAGCGUCUGAAUUCUCCUUCGGCGAGGAGUCAGCUUUUGAGUCAAUACCCGAGGAGAUGGAUACAGGAGUGGAGGUGUACCUAUCAGCAGAUCACGGACAUCAGACCGAUACUUACUUCAAGGUAUAUGAAGUCAUUCCGUGCUGGUUCCGCCGCGAGCCUCGUGCUCAAACAGUACACCUGCGAGCUGUACUCCGUGAAGGUGUUCUUCAGGUGUCUGAUUGCAAGAUCCAAGUCAAAUACUGUGCGCUUGGCUUACCCUAUGGUGAUGUUAUGAGAAUUCGCAAGACUUUCCAUGUUCUGAACGUGGGCAAUGGACAUUUGCACCUAGAAGCGCGUACAGAAGGCAUGUGGAGCAUUGUGCAAGACCAUAACCUACAAAAUACCUGUGGCUCGGGGUGCGCUUGCGUCACACAAAGUGGACAGCGAACUAAAUCUGUUGCAUUACACUACCAACCGUUAAGUUCCAACGAAAUGACAGUAGAAGUUUGCAUUCACAGUGCAGAAGUCUGGCCUAAAGUUGAUACCUCUACAAACUCACCUCCACUCUAUAAUCAAUGGAAAAAAACUGUAACACCACUAUACUUUUAUGAUAAAGAUAACGUGCUAUUAAUGACUUUAUCUCUUAUCUUGAACUUGGAGUAUCCCAGAGUGAAUAUUGAGCCGGCCGCAAUAGACUUCGGUUUCGUGACAGACGGUGAUACGAGAAAAACAUAUUUUACCGUUUCACAUACCAGCCGUACGACCACAUUAUAUUUAGAAACAAAAUGGCUCGGUAGCGACGACUUCAGUCUCUGGCCGAAAACGUUACUGCUGUCUCCGGGCACCUGCGAGCCAGUCUAUGUACAGUAUACGGCUAGGUGGCGUAGGGGGCCGGUGGAGGGCGUGGCCCGCGUGGAGCACUGUGGGGGCGCAGGGGCGGGGGCGGGGGCGGGGGCGGGGUGGUGCUGGAGCGCGCUGCCGGUGCGCGCGGCGGCCGCACGCGACCAGCGCUGCCGCGCGCCGCCGCACGACCACACCGACGACAGCCGCCUGCUGCCGCCCGGGGCACUGUGA